CGCCCCUUCCCGGUCUAGGAGCCCCGCCAAGGGGGCUGCCAGGGACUGACCGACAGACCCACAGACAGACCAGACGGAGGGAAAGACUGCGCUGAUGGCCACGCAGGGAGAGCCCAGCGUGGGACCAGAAGUCUGGAACCGGACGGAACCUGAGCCCGAUGCCGACAGCCUGCUGAGCCUUUGCUUCCUGAAGACGGCAGGGGUCUGGGUGCCCCCCAUGUACCUCUGGGCCCUGGGCCCCAUCUACCUCCUCUACAUCCACCGCCAUGGCAAGGGCUACCUCCGCAUGUCCUCCCUGUUCAAGACCAAAAUGGUUCUUGGGUUCACCCUCAUAAUCUUGUACACCUCCAGCGUGUCUGUCACUCUUUGGAGAAUCCACCAGGGGGUGCCGCAGGCCCCCGAAUUCCUCAUUCACCCCACCGUCUGGCUCACCACUAUGACCUUGGCAGUGUUCCUGAUCCACAUGGAGAGGAAGAAGGGGGUCCAGGCAUCGGGGGUGCUGUUUGGGUACUGGCUGCUCUGCUGUCUCUUGCCAGCUAUCAGCACCGCCCAGCAGGCCUCACAAGGGGGCUUCCAGAGUGACCCCUUCCGCCACCUGUCCACCUAUCUGGGCUUGUCUCUGAUGGUGGCGCAGUUCCUGCUGUCCUGCCUGGCCGAUCAACCCCCCUUGUUCCCUAAAGACCCCCAGCCAUCUAAUCCAUGUCCAGAGGCUGGGGCCUCCUUCCCCUCCAAGGCCAUGUUCUGGUGGGUUUCUGGGCUGAUCUGGAGGGGCUACAGGAGGCCACUGGGACCAAAAGACCUCUGGUCGUUGGGGAGAGAGAACUCCUCAGAAGAACUUGUGUCCCAGCUGGAAAGGGAAUGGACAAGGAGUCGCCGUGCAGCCCAGCGGCACUCCGCGGCAGCCGUGUUCAAAAGGAAAGGGAGCCUCCGCCGUGGUGGGGAGGCCACAGAGGCCGAGGCCUUCCUGCAGCCGAAAGGGAGCGUGAGGGGCCCGCUGCUGAGGGCCAUUUGGCAGGUCUUCCGCUCCACCUUCCUCCUGGGGACCCUCUGCCUUGUCAUCAGUGACGUCUUCAGGUUCACUGUCCCCAAGCUCCUCAGCCUUUUCCUGGAGUUCAUUGGCGAUUCCGCAGCCCCUGCCUGGAAGGGCUACCUGAUCGCCGUGCUGAUGUUCCUGGCCGCCUGCCUGCAGACGCUGUUCGAGCAGCAGCACAUGUACAGGCUCAAGGUGCUGCAGAUAAGGCUGCGGACAGCCGUCACCGGCCUGGUGUACAGAAAGGUCCUGGCUCUGUCCAGCGGCUCCAGAAAGACCAGCGCCGUGGGGGACGUGGUCAACCUGGUGUCCGUGGACGUGCAGCGGCUGAUCGAGAGCGUUGUCUACGUCAAUGGGCUGUGGCUGCCACUCGUCUGGAUCAUCGUCUGCUUCGUUUAUCUCUGGCAGCUUCUCGGGCCCUCUGCCCUCACCGCCAUCACUGUCUUCCUGAGCCUGCUCCCUCUGAAUUUCUUCAUCUCCAAGAAGAGGAACCACUAUCAGGAGGAGCAAAUGAGGCAGAAGGACUCCCGGGCUCGGCUCACCAGCUGCGUCCUCCGGAACAUGAGGGCGAUCAAGUGCCACGGCUGGGAGGAGGCCUUCCUGGAGAGAGUCCUGCGCAUCCGGGGCCAGGAGCUGGGCGCCCUGAGGACCUCGGGGCUCCUCUUCUCUGUGUCUCUGGUGUCCUUCCAAGUGUCCACGUUCCUGGUGGCACUGGUGGUGUUUACUGUCCAUACUCUGGUGGCCGAGGAGAAUGCCAUGGAUGCCGAGAAAGCCUUCGUGACCCUCACGGUUCUCAACAUCCUCAACAAGGCCCAGGCCUUCCUGCCCUUCUCCAUCCACUCUGUGGUCCAGUCCCGGGUGUCCUUUGACCGCCUGGCCGCCUUCCUCUGCCUGGAAGAAGUGGACCCUGAGGCCGUGGUGUGGAGUCCCUCCAGAGGCUCUGCCAAAGAGGAUUGCAUCCGUGUGCGAGAAGGUACCUUUGCCUGGUCCCUGGAGAGCCCGCCCUGCCUGCACAGGAUAAACCUCAGUGUGCCACAGGGCUGUCUGCUGGCUGUGGUUGGUCCCGUGGGAGCAGGGAAGUCCUCUCUGCUCUCCGCACUCCUUGGGGAGCUGUCAAAGGUGGAGGGGACCGUGAACAUCAAGGGUCCUGUGGCCUACAUGCCCCAGGAGGCCUGGGUCCAGAACGCGUCCGUGGUGGAGAACGUGUGCUUCAGGCAGGAGCUGAACCCAUCAUGGCUGGAGCGGGUCCUGGAGGCCUGCGCCCUGUGGCCAGAUGUGGGCAGCUUUCCUGCAGGAGUCCACACCCAAAUUGGGGAGCAGGGCAUGAAUCUCUCUGGGGGCCAGAAGCAGCGGGUGAGCCUGGCCCGGGCCGUGUAUAGGAAGGCUGCUGUAUACCUGCUGGAUGACCCCCUGGCAUCCCUGGAUGCUCAUGUUGGCCAGCACAUCUUCAAUCAGGUCAUCGGGCCCAACGGGCUGCUCCAGGGAACGACACGGAUUCUCGUGACCCACGCACUCCAAGUCCUGCCCCAGGCUGAUCGGAUCGUGGUGCUGGAAGAUGGGGCCAUUGCAGAGAUGGGUUCCUACCAGGAGCUUCUGAACAGGAAAGGGGCCCUGGUGAGCCUUCUGGAUCGAGCCAGACAGCCAGGAGGGAGAGGAGAAGGAGAAACAGAACUCGCGACCGGCAUUGAGGACCCCAGAGGCUCUGCUGGAGGUGGGAGGCCCAUGGGUGGACCAGAGAGUAACAGGUCCAUGAAGUCAAUCCCUGAGAUGGACAGCACCGCUUUGGAGGCCCAGACAAAGGUUCCCCUAGAUGACCCUGAGAGGACAGGACGGCCAACAGGAGGGGACAGUGUGCAGUAUGGCAAGGUGAAGGCCGCCCUGUACCUGAGCUACAUGCGGGCCGUGGACACCCCGCUCUGCCUCUACGCACUGUUCCUCUUCUUCUGCCAGCAAGUGGCCUCCUUCUGCCGCGGCUACUGGCUCAGCCUGUGGGUGGACGACCCCACCGUGGAUGGGCGGCAGCCACAGGCGGCCACGCGAGGCUGGGUCUUCGGGCUCCUGGGAUGCCUCCAAGCUAUAGGGCUGCUUGCCUCCACGACCACCGUGCUCCUAGGGGGGAUCCGGGCAUCCAGCCGGCUCUUCCGGAGGCUCCUGUGGGACGUGGCACGGUCUCCCAUCGGUUUCUUCGAGCGGACGCCCAUGGGGAACCUGCUGAACCGCUUCUCCAAGGAGACGGACACCGUGGAUGUGGACAUCCCCGACAAACUCCGGUCCCUGCUGAUUUACACCUUCGGACUCCUGGAGGUCAGCCUGGUGGUGACAGUGGCCACCCCGCUGGCUGCUGUGGCCAUCCUGCCGCUGCUGCUCCUCUACACUUGGUUUCAGAGCCUGUACGUGGCCACUUCAUGCCAACUCAGACGCAUGGAGUCAGCCAGGCACUCCUUCGUGUGUUCCCACGUGGCGGAGACGUUCCAGGGCGGCCCAGUGGUCAGGGCCUUCCGGGCCCAGCGCCCCUUCAUGGCUCAGAACAAUGCCCACAUGGAUGAAAGCCAGCGAGUCAGUUUCCCACGGCUGGUGGCUGACAGGUGGCUCGCUGCCAACCUGGAGCUCCUGGGGAACGGGCUGGUGUUUGCCGCUGCCACGUGCGCCGUGCUGAGCAAGGCCCAUCUCAGCGCGGGCCUCGUGGGCUUCUCCGUCUCCGCCGCUCUCCAGGUGACCCAGACGCUGCAGUGGGCUGUCCGCAGCUGGACAGACCUGGAGAGCAGCAUCGUGUCAGUGGAGCGGAUGCAGGACUACACUCGGACACCCAAGGAGGCGCCCUGGACCCUGCCCACCUGUGCAGCCCAGCCCCCCUGGCCCUGUGGGGGCCAGAUCGAGUUCCGGGAUUUGGGGCUGAGACACCGGCCUGAGCUCCCGCUGGCCGUGCGGGGGGUGUCGUUCAAGAUCCAAGCAGGAGAGAAGGUGGGCAUCGUUGGCAGGACGGGGGCAGGGAAGUCCACCCUGGCCGGGGGCCUGCUGCGGCUCCUGGAGGCCGCGGAGGGUGAGGUCUGGAUCGACGGGGUCCCCAUCAGCCACGUGGGGCUGCACACACUGCGGUCCAGGAUCACCAUCAUCCUCCAGGACCCCAUCCUGUUCCCCGGCUCUCUGAGGAGGAACCUCGACAUGCUACAGGAGCACACGGACGAAGCCAUCUGGAAGGCCCUGGAGACAGUGCAGCUCAGAGCCCUGGUGGCCAGCCUGCCCGGCCAGCUGCAGUACGAGUGUGCCGACCAAGGCGAUGACCUCAGCCUGGGCCAGAAGCAGCUGCUGUGUCUGGCCCGCGCCCUUCUCCGGAAAACCCAGAUCCUCAUCCUGGACGAGGCCACGGCCGCCGUGGACCCGGGGACGGAGCUCCAGAUGCAGGCCGCCCUGGAGAGCUGGUUUGCCCAGUGCACGGUGCUGCUCAUUGCCCACCGCCUGCGCUCCGUGAUGGACUGCGCCAGGGUGCUGGUCAUGGACAAGGGGCAGGUGGCAGAGAGCGGCAGCCCCGCCCAGCUGCUGGCCCAGAAGGGCCUGUUCUAUAGGCUGGCACAGGAGUCUGGCAUGGUCUGAGCCAGACCCCUCAACCCUCCCGCCACGCCAACCCGGAAAGACGUGCCAUGCCCCGGAGAGACCAGUGACCUGGGGUCGUCAGCGGAGUCCAGACCCCUCUGCUCUCCGGGAGAGUGGACGAUCGUCACAGACCCAGGAGGAUGCAGCCCCCAAGGACGGCCCGACCAGAGCCCGCCCAGCCUGUCCAUCCCGGAGCUGAAGUGGGCAGUGGCUCUCAGCCCUGGCUGCCCAUGGGACCCACCUGGGGACUCAAGACCUGCCCACACCCAGUCUCCACCACAGACCAAUGAAAUCACUAACCCUGUGGCAGGGAAUGGUGUGUGUACUUUCCCAAAGUAACCCUUUUAUUUUGAGAUGAGUGUAGAGUGACCAGCAGUUUUAAGAAAUAAUCCACAGAAUGCCUGUGCACCCUUUUCCAUUUCCCCUAAAAGUAACACCUUGAA